CAAGAUUCGCUAGCGAGCCAUUCGUAGAUUAUGUUGAUGAGCUACGUAAUUGUGGGUUCGACCAUUUGUGGUCGUGUUUUUCUUUUUCUUUUGUGAUGAACUCAGUGACUGCAACUUGAUUCAUGUAAUCCCUUUUUCCAAAUAAUAUGACGCCACUUCUCAUGUUUUCAAAUACAAUGCUGAAUAUUUAUGUAGUAGUCCCCUGCCUGAAAAAUGAACAAUUAGGUAGUAGUUGACUUGAACAAAACAUCGAGGCAAUCCUAAGUACUAGUGGUUUGUAAAUAGAUCACGCUGGGCAUCUCCAACUUUCUAUGAACCAUUUUUUUUUUGCCACUUUGGAAUCACCUAAAUUUGUCUUAACUAUCUCAACGCACUAUUAUGAUGGGGUUCCGAGCCCAUCCACUUCCUUGCUGGAACAGAAAACUUUAAAGCAUUAGGGAAAUACGGCCCGAGACAUGCAGCAUCCAACAUGUGACACCCUUCUCAGUCUAUCACGGCGGGCCUCUAGUUAAGACCAAGGCUGUGCCAUUGACUGUUGGCGCAAAGCAGUUGGGAUUGGGACUUUAGAACUGCAUCGAUUGUCUGCGUUUCUCCAAGCCCUUAAAAAGCUGGCUCCACACGUAUGGAUGGAGGGGCAACCAUAUAAUUUAAUGCAUUCUCAUUUGAGAAAACGCAUGCAAAUUACAAUGUAUCAAGACUAAUUUCAUGCAAUCUUCAUAGUUCACACUUCACAGUGACUAAUGCUAAUGUACAACAGAGAAUUUGACAGGGAUAUCGAUCAAACAAAAAUGAAGAAAUGGCAAGCACACAAGUUGACUGGAACAUAGAGCUAUUAAUCGAUUCAAAAUAGAGCUUUUUUGCAGGGUAUUUAGGGUUUAGGUUUUCAAAUAGAGUUGUAAAAUAGAGAUUUACUCCUUGUGCGUGCGUGCGCGCGUGCGUGAGUGCAGAAGUCGUCUUCGUCAAUGCUCCCUGGGAUCAUCAAUAGGGUAUACUUUCUUAGUAUCUUCCAGUAAUUCAAAUAAUAUGAUAGUACAGCAAAUAACACCCCUCAGGUUCCAAAUCAUGAAGUUCUACAGGCCGUACGUACGUGAAGAAUUCCUAGGAGGCUACAAAAAUCGACGCUGCCAUCCAUCAUUUUUUGUAACAUCAAGAAUGAGGCUAGGCUUUGGAUCGCCGCCGGCGCGAAGCACUUGGGAAACAUCAUGCCGCGAGAGUAGAAUCUAUGUAUCUUAUCUUGCUUUUCUGUUGUAAAAGCAACUCUAAACUUCUUCUUAAUUAAUGGAUGAGGCAAAUCUUUUGCCUCCGUUUCGAAAAAAAAAAGAAUUCCUAGGAGAAUUAGGCGGUGUCUUGAUGAUAGCUUCCUUGCUUAUGAAGCCUUUCCCUUGCUUGCGUACGUAAGAGUGCUGACGCCAGAGUCAUUGGUACCUAUCUCCCUUGUCUGAAUAUGAACGAACGUUGCUUGGUGGACUAGUUGACUGCAUGUUGGCUUAGCUUAUUUCUAGCAUUUGUACCACGGAGCCAGCUGCUAACGCGGGAUGCCCGCUGCGCGUCCACGUUUCUGCUUAAUUCAGUCCCACGAAACCUCAACACAUAUAUGAUGUGCCAUCUUCAGACAGAGCAAGUAGCAAAGAAGAUCGAGCGGUUCCCCACACUGCAAGUAGAAAAGAAGUUCGAGUCCCUGGAGUGCCAGUCAACCAUCAACGGCCAAACCGCCGCCACGACCAUGAGUGGCACCGUUGUCAUCACCGUCGCCGUCGACAACUCUCUCAUCGGCAAGAGCUGUGCCAUCCAAUGGCCUGCCACCCGCAAGGGGCUGCAGAUUGGCACACCAUCGGCUGAUGGGAUCGAGAGCGUGAUGUUCACGUACCGAUUCAUGGAGGACCGGCCGGGCACGUACCACACUUGUGACGACCAAGACCCGACCACAAUGUUCACCGGGUCGUCCCAUUCAGAACACGAUGCACUCAACGUGCCACACGGAGACGAGGGACAGACCAGAUACGGCUUCCCUCACACCACCGACCGAGAAGUGAUGGCGUACACCCCAGGAGGCAGGGGCCAUGCCGCCCUUGCAUGCCCUGAAGCACAACUCAUGGCCGGUAACUCUGUUAUCUACCUCAAUGACGAAGGCCCGGUCGAGCGGCUCCUUCGGUGGGUUGCUGGUAUAUGCGGGGGCAGGGACCAUGCCGUCUAUGCGUGCCCCGAAGCACAACUCAUGGCCGAUUGUCCUGUCAUUCACCUGAAUGACGAAGGGCCGAUCGAGUGGCUCCUCCGCUGAUCCAUCGGCUGUUACGUGCCAUCGAUGAGAUGACCCGUUAGACUUGAGGUUUACAGGUUGAGAAAAUCCUCGUGUCUCGCGGGGUUCCACCUUCCCACCAUCAUGCGUUAAUACUACUCUCUUUCUCCUCUUGCAAUGUAAGUAAACAUUAUUCAUUUUCUUUCUUUUGGCGUUGCAGCUUCAUUUGUGCUUUAUUCUGUGGUUGCUUCAUUUGUGCGUCGAGUUUGUAAGUAUUUUCCGACUCUAUUCUUUUGUAAUCUAGUGGAAAUGAAUUUGAUUUUCUAGUUGUCCAAAUUAUUGGUCAAUGAAUUUGUAACCCAGAUGUUUGGAAUUACCUAUUGUUUUCUCUCUUCGAGGAGGAACCUGUAGAUCUUACUAAUCUGAUAAACCAAGCAAAACACCUGUUACCAAGAAAAAUAUGGGACUUUAAAAAUGAAAAUAGAUAGAGUAAUUUCAGAACAAAGACACAUAACAAACAUGCAAACUAUGAAGCUAAAGCCAAACAAACAGAUGGAAGUCUUAAAUUUUCAGCAAACCAAAUCCCUCUUGAAUCUCUGCUGCAUCGAGAGUUGGACAAAAGUUUCGUUCAAGUCUGCCGCAAAAGGAGGCCGUCCCAUGAGGAAAACCUGAUAAACAUUUUUUGUGCAUCGGCCUGAGUGUCACCAUGAGCUUGCUAAAGAAUCCCAAAAACCAGGAUCCACGUCACUGAUUUGUCCAGUCCAGAGGAGCUGAAAAAAAUCAUGCCAACUAGACCACACGGCCUGGAACUAUAAACCAUCGUGACACAAACCCCAUAUCUCAAUCGAUGCUGAAGGCAAACCACCAUGUAGAAGGAGAAGAAUGACUUAUUAUGUAAGUCAAACCGCCAUACUCAAUCGAGACAACAAAAAACACAUGCCUAAAAACAUACCUCAUGACACCGUAGAGGUCAUCCGUGUGGGGGCGGCAAGUUAACAGUGAAAACUGCUAGGAUCUUAAGGGUUGGAAGUUAGAAUUAGAGAGGAGGAGGAGGCAGCGACAAUCGGGAUUUUUACGGGAAGUUGAAGACUCUUAACCGGAACAACUAUCUAUUGUCGUCAUGCUAAUUGACAAUGGGUCUCAUGUUUCGAUGGAUAAAUCAGAAGGGUGUAAAUACACUAGAGGUACACAAACUUGUGGGGUGAGAAUGAAUUUGUCCAAGAACUUGCAAAAGGAAACGAGCUAGUCUAGAAAAAUAUUUAUCCAGUUCAAAUUUUUCGAAAUUACCCUAAUGCUUACUCGUGGAACGCCAUACUGAAAAAAGGAAACACACCCGCGGCAAGUGCUUUUGCCAAUAAACCCAUGGAAUUCACAUAAAUUUAGAUGCCCCUACCCCUAUACCCCAUUCGCCCUUUCCCUCCCGAACCCCUAAUCUCUGUCCCUUCUAUGAUAGCCGCAGGCAGAAGGAUGAUCGUCAGCGUGGCAUGGGCGAAGAUCACCUCUGUAGUUUACUAUAACACAAAUUCUUUCUUGUAGGUCAAUGAGCUCUUCACUCAAUGUCUUCUAUUUAGGUGAUAUAUUGUAUUAGUGAGCUCGGCAAGAUUGAUCUUUUAGGAGAAUGGUAUGUUGAUGGAUGUUGAUUAUGAUCUGCCACGAUUUGAGUCGAGUUCAAUGUGAUUGAUAACAA